AUGACGUCCACAAAGAUACGAUCAAGAUUAUUAGAGAGUCUGACAUUAACUUUGGAAGAAACUUAUAAUAUAGCUAUCUCAAUGGAAAUGGCAGAACUCAACUCUCAGGUUUAUGCAAGUCAAAAUCCAACACUCAGUGCUCUACCUGGUAACUAUCAAUUUGAGUCUCAGAGGUCUCCAACGAAUUCUGAACUUGUCACUGUGACAGCUGCUACCAACUCUACUGCUAACUCUUCUAGGUCAGGACACAAAUAUUUUUUCUGCGGUGGGCCAAUACAUCCAAGGAAGAACUGUCCUGCUCGGGAAUCCAUCUGUAAAUCAUGUAAUAAAAAGGGGCACUUUGCAAAGGUUUGCCGCUCCAAGAGCACUAGUGCAUCUACCAAUGUAUCUGAAGGCUACGAUAACUGUACAGCCUGCAUUCUUGCUGCUACUCCUGCUUCAUUGAAGAAAGCUAUCGUGCCUGCUUUUAUAAAAGGCCUUCGUGGUGAUGCCCUUAUAGAUACGGGUAGCUCUGUCAGUUUUGUUAAUGAAGACUUCGCUAACAUAUGCAAACUCCCUAGGAAGCCAUGUACGCAGACUGUUUCUAUGGCCUCAUUAUCGCAUUCCUCUCAAGUUAAAGGUGUCAAAAUAUUCAAAUUGGUGAUCACUCCUACGACAACAUUAACUUACUUAUAG